CAGGGAGUGCUUGCUGCGCUCCCCAGGCGUAGCACUCCCAGUCUCUGCCCCAACCCCUCUGCGCACCCGCCUUCGCAGCCGCACCUGAGCCCACUGGCGGCGGGUCCCAGGAUCUGCUCAAAGCGGAGGCGGCUCCUUGCCGGACGGAGUCUUUGCAUUUCCCUGGACCCGGGGGCAUGAGCCCCACAGCCACCUGAGGCACAGGGGGCGCUGCGCGGCGAGGACCGCGCCCCCGAAGUCCCGCGCCCUGGUCUCUGCACUGCGGGACGCUGGUGCCCAACUCUGGUGGAGGCGUCCUCGGAGGAGCAGCUAGGUGGGGGCAUGGAACCUGCGGCACCGGCCGGCCAGGCCCGGGCAGCGGCCACCAAGCUGUCGGAAGCGGUGGAUGCGGCACUGCAAGAGCCCCAGAGGCAGCGGCGCCUGGUGCUGGUCAUCGUGUGCGUGGCGCUGUUACUGGACAACAUGCUGUACAUGGUCAUCGUACCCAUCGUGCCCGACUACAUCGCUCACAUGCGCGGGGGCAGCGAGAGCCCCACCCUGACCUCCGAGGGGUGGGAGCCCACCCUGCCGCCGCCCACUCUGGCUAAUGCUAGCGCCUACACUGCCAACACCUCGUCCCCGACGGCUGCCGGGCCUGCCCGAUCGAUCUUGCGGCCUCGCUACCCCACGGAAAGUGAAGAUGUGAAAAUUGGGGUUCUGUUUGCCUCCAAGGCCAUACUGCAGUUGCUGGUGAAUCCCUUGAGCGGGCCCUUCAUUGACCGCAUGAGCUACGAUGUGCCGCUGCUUAUUGGCUUGGGCGUUAUGUUUGCCUCCACAGUUAUGUUCGCCUUCGCUGAGGACUACGCCACGCUGUUCGCAGCACGCAGCCUGCAGGGCCUGGGUUCAGCCUUCGCCGACACGUCCGGCAUUGCGAUGAUCGCGGACAAGUAUCCUGAGGAGCCCGAGCGCAGUCGAGCGCUGGGCGUGGCGCUGGCGUUCAUCAGUUUUGGAAGCCUAGUGGCGCCGCCCUUCGGGGGCAUCCUCUAUGAGUUCGCAGGAAAGCGCGUGCCCUUUCUGGUGCUUGCUGCCGUGUCACUCUUCGACGCGCUGUUGCUGUUGGCGGUGGCCAAGCCCUUCUCUGCAGCUGCACGCGCUCGAGCCAACCUGCCAGUGGGCACGCCCAUCCAUCGCCUCAUGCUGGACCCUUACAUCGCUGUGGUAGCCGGCGCGCUGACCACUUGCAACAUUCCCCUAGCCUUCCUCGAGCCCACUAUCGCCACGUGGAUGAAGAACACGAUGGCGGCGUCGGAGUGGGAGAUGGGAAUGGCCUGGUUGCCGGCCUUUGUGCCCCACGUGCUAGGUGUCUACCUCACCGUACGCCUGGCAGCGCGCUAUCCACACCUGCAGUGGCUGUAUGGUGCGCUGGGGCUGGCAGUGAUUGGUGCCAGCUCGUGCAUUGUGCCAGCCUGCCGCUCCUUCGCGCCGCUAGUGGUCUCCCUCUGUGGCCUCUGCUUCGGCAUUGCACUAGUGGACACCGCGCUGCUGCCCACGUUAGCCUUUCUCGUGGACGUGCGCCACGUCUCAGUCUACGGCAGCGUCUAUGCCAUCGCUGACAUCUCCUAUUCCGUGGCCUACGCGCUCGGGCCCAUAGUAGCUGGCCAUAUUGUACACUCGCUUGGCUUUGAGCAGCUCAGCCUUGGCAUGGGCCUGGCCAACCUGCUCUAUGCGCCGGUCCUGUUGCUCCUGCGUAACGUGGGCCUCCUGACGCGCUCCCGGUCGGAACGGGAUGUGCUGCUCGACGAGCCGCCGCAGGGUCUGUACGACGCGGUGCGCCUACGCGAGCGUUCUGUGCCGGGCCCGGAUGGCGAGCCUUGCAGCCCGCCUGGCCCUUUUGACCGGUGCGAGGAUGACUACAACUACUACUACACACACAGCUAGCAGCCCCGCUCCUCUUCCAAGCCACCCAGCCUACCCCCUUUGAGUC